AGUGACGAGUCUGAGCUCAGCUGGUUCAAUGUGCUUGAAACACUCUUUGUUGAUUCUCUUUCCGAGUUACUUAUCGGUGUGGUAUCACCAACUGGGACAUACAUACUAUUUCUCUGACUACUGCUUACGAGCGUGGCCUCAACGACACGAGCUUUCCUCACCUCGCUGAUGUUCAACGUAUCUGAAUUCACCUAGUACUGGCGCCGAUUUAGGUGGAAAUUGCUAGCUGCAAGCUCUAUAGCGAGGACCGCAAUUCACCCUUCAGCAACAUUCAUCCACGCUAUCCUAAUCCUCAUUGACAGAAACCACAUUUCGAAUAUCAGUAGCACCACUACAACAUAGCACUUCUCAUGCCGUUUUGCGUAUAGCGUCUAACUUCUUCACAUACAAGACGCCGCACCUCUUUAGUUACAUGUAGGGCUGUGUCCCACGGGGAAGGAAGAUGAUGGCUGUCAUUCGCACCUACUCUCCCUCCUUCGAAGGUCUCUAUGCCUAAUCUCGCGUUGCAGCUAAUGUUUGGCUCGUUCGGCGAUAUAGUCACACUGAUCGAUCUCGCGGUGAAGCUGAAAGACUGCUUGAUCGACGGCGUACAUAUGCGGGAGGAAGUGCAAGAGUUUGUGCAAUUUCUUGAUCGAUAUGUGACUACCUUACAUUGUAUACGAUCGGUUCUGUCCUCGGCCUCAGCUCAGCAGAUUCCGACCUCUCUGAAGAACGCGAUCGGACAUGCUUUGGCUGAAUCGAAGAGACUCGUUCAGGUUUUCUUUGCUCAGCUCGAUAGCUUCAGACCUGUGAAAUGGUGGGGCUCAACUGCCAGUGUUCUCCAAGCUUUUCGAUGGGCCCUGUGCUCGAAGAAGACUCUUUCUGAGCUACAAGAGAAGUUGAUAGCUCAAGGUAAUUCUACUACACUUCUCUUGUCGUUGUCCGGGCUACGAAUCACUCUCGAUCUUGCUUCAAACACGACGUAUACUCGCCUUCCCCCUCAGCCCCAAGUAUACAGUAUCGCAUUAAUCGACUUUCUCGACCAGAGGACAGAUAUCCCCUUAGAGAUAUGUCUUGAUAGGACGACUUUUGAUCAGUUCAUGCGAGUAUACUUUAAAGACCGCGCCGGCCUUUCGUUCAUCAAACGGAGAGACUACGAUGUGAGCUUACGAUCUGAUGAUGGCACAUCACGAACACCGUGGGAUGCCACACUACAACCUGGAGUUACGCUCAGUAUGAGUGCGAUUCUCCGUUCCCAGGAUGAUAACUCUCAGCGAUGUCCAAGGUGCAACAAGAUGAACUCUGCACACGCUGAUAAUGACGGUGAAGUUAAAUGCUUCUAUUGCCAGACAUUCUUUCGUGUCGCUGAAAGCAGAGUCAUUGAUAUGGACAAUGACGAAGUCAGCCCCAUUGGUGCUGGUGCACCAGAUCCCUCACACAAAGACCAAGAAUUGCAUUCGGUCCCGGAAGAGGAUGAAUUACAGUAUAUAAGACGCUUCCUGGUUCAACUACAUCCAAUGCAGACACGGCAAUAUCCUCUCUUGGAACAUAAUCCCGCACAAGCACCUGUUGAACCAGGCAGCGUGAUAUAUACGACAUCAACUACGCCUGAUGGGCGAGUCAUUUACCACCCAUUCAAGGCUGUUCCCGCAAGCUACCAGACUCCUAAUGGCAUCGUCUCUGGGAUUCAGUGGGUUCCUGUCGAGUCAACGUCCGAGCCGCUUCCUCUUGCCUCGUCUGCUAACUCGGGUUUCUAUGCUUCGUGGCAGAAGACUCCAAGGGGUUUUUAUGAACGAGAGCAAGUAGAUUCUUAUCUUUUCGUGGAUGAUCCGACUCGCAGCCGUCUUGGAGAAAAUCUUGAUGGAUCCAGCGAGAUAUUAUACCGUUAUGAUGACGAUCUCUAUCACUCACAAGAAUCCCAAGCAAUGCAAGGACAUUAUAGUCAAGAGGAGCCCGACGAUCAGCUUCCUGCAAUUUCUAUUUUCGAUGCAGACUUUGAAUAGGCCACUCAGAAUCCAUCACCCUGGAUUCCAUUGUACUAUCAAGCUAUUGAACUGCCUUGUUGAGAGUGCAAUUAGAGCGUACAUCCAAUUCCGCACUGCUUUGGUGCGAUGCGCUAUUUGUACACAAACCAAUGAGAUACGCACUCAAUUAAAGGCGGUGUGAUAGCGAGCC